GAUUUCGAUCCACAUUUUCCUGAACUUUUGCGGACUUUCAUUUUUAAUCUGUCUGAAUUACCCAUCGUAAAGCUCCGAGCUCUGCUUUUUUCCGUCGCAACGCCGCCGAAAUUUCAUGCUUUGAAUCAUUCGUUUCUGAUUAUUUCUCAACGUCGAUGAACUGGAAAGAAACAACACAAAGUGUAGCGUCUGUAAUCGUGUCGCAGCCAGACAUGUGGCAGUGGGAGAAUGCCACCGCCGGUGAUGUCCGCCGCCGUGCAUCCUCUAGAUGUCGUCCGCACCCGGUUUCAAGGUUGUGAUCGCAGAGGAUCCAGUCUUCCAACUUACAAGAACACAGUUAAUGCAAUCUUCACUAUUGGUCGGAUGGAGCUAUGGCAGAGCCAAACAAAGAUAUUCAGACAAUGGAAAGAACUUGAGUCCCAGGCUUCAUCUCGUUUCUGCAGCAGAAGCAGGAGCUUUGGUGAGUCCAACAUGAAGUAUUCAGACAAUGGAAAGAACUUGAGUCCCAGGCUUCAUCUCGUUUCUGCAGCAGAAGCAGGAGCUUUGGUUUGUUUUUUUGCACAGAUCCAGUUUGGCUUGUAAAAA